AUGAAGAAGACAGAAACAAAAUUGCCAUAUACUCCGAGCAAGGAUUCGCAACAUAUUUAUUUCAACAGAAUGGGGUUUUUUAGACAUCAUCAAUUUGCGUGUGAUCUCAACAUUCAUAUUCAUUAUAUUGCGGUACGAUAUCCCGGAGCGUGUCAAGAUGCAGCGAUCGAAGACUAUUGCCGAAUCUGGAGAAAUUAUGCUCUGCGCUUUCCUCAAUAUAGCACUGAAUUAAAGAAAUGCGCAGCCAACUAUCCGCAAAUAAAUAUUGCUGAAGCUAGAAGUAGGGACAGCGUUGUGCAGAUACAAACUCUAAAGGGACGCUCAUAUUGGGGUGUACUAUCACACCACUUGCGCAGCUUGGUAGUGGACUAACUUCUCAAAUUCGUUCGUGAGUACCUCCUUUGACGUAAUACAAAGAAGUAUUAAUGAAGGGUUGCAGCGUCGAAAUGGAUCUUCAUAUAAACCACUUUAAUCCCACGACAGUCGGGUAUACGUAACCGGAACGACCCAGAUUUAUAUCUGACCAAGGACUGUCACUCCAGCAACACUUCCCAAAAAGUCUUUGGGGAAUUUGUAUGCAGCUACAACAACAACAACGGCCAUCGGGUUCUUUAAAAGAAUAAACUAUCUUGCUCUCAGAAAAAUAACAGUGAAUUAUGCCAAAUUUAAGUUUCAAUCGUCGGGAAAGAAAGUAUUGGAGUUGUAACCCCGAGAUCCUAAAAUGGGUGCACACAAUGACAGUACGACUAGUAGUGACUAGAAGUUUAUUAGCGUUGAAACUGUCGCCCAUCACAAUUCAGACUGGCAGGUGCGAUGGGCACGUACCCGACGACAGGACAGGAGGUCGUCAAACACGAUGAAAAGGUAUCGCCCUUCCGUGUUGCCGCUACGAGGUAAAUCUCCCCAUCGAGCGCACUUUCUUAAACAUUCCAAGGGAGGAUUUUGACAGAGAAAAGAUCUUAUCAUCCAUGAACUUGGAAAAACUAUUAACCUACCCCUCACAAAGCUUUUUUCUUCAGAGAUAAUAUGAAAAAAAAAAUUUAAAAGCACUCCAUUAUGGAAGGACAUAUACCCAGCAAACAUUGAGGUUAGUUAUUAAUUAGAGAAUGAUUGGAGAAAUAGCCACAUUCUCCGCUCCAAUGUUUUUAUCAUGGUUUUACCUUUAAGUGUUUUUAUCAUGCUCCAAUCUCAAACGUUAGAGAUCGACUCAGAAAACCUAUCGAAAAUCAUAGCGAUCUCAACAAAAAUGGGACAUACUUCUCGACUCGAGAAAAUAUUAAUUCUCGAAUCGAAUUCUAAUAUUAAUCUCUAAUGAGAUUCGAAUGUGAAUUUCAAACUACUUCAUUAAAAAAAAA